CAUAAAUAUUGGUGGCCGGUGCUGAUCAAAGUUACGUUCUUUAUUCUCUUUUCUUCUUCUUCUCUGUUUCUCUCUCUAACUUUCUCUCUCUAAAAAAGUAACGAGUCGCAGACUCACCGAUCUUCCGAUUCCUCUUCGUCUUGGUUUAUGAGCUCGAAGGAGAGACCCACUCUUGGUGGCACGCGGAUUAAGACCCGCAAACGGAAUAUUGCAGCGCCGCUGGACCCUGCAGCAUUCGCGGAUGCAGUGGUCCAGAUUUAUUUGGAUAAUGCUGGUGAUCUGGAACUUGUUGCUAAGAACAUUGAAUCUUCAGACCUUAACUUCUCAAGAUACGGUGACACCUUUUUUGAGGUUGUUUUCACUGGGGGUCGUACACAACCUGGAACUACCAAGCCUGAUGAGGGGGAGCGCCAUCCAUACUCUAUAAUAGAGUGUGAGCCAAAGCGUGAAGUCAUCUUACCAUCUGUAAUCUACAUACAAAAGAUUUUGAGGCGAAGGCCAUUCCUCAUUAAGAACCUCGAAAAUGUUAUGCAAAAGUUCCUCCAGUCCUUGGAGCUUUUCGAGGAAAAUGAGAGGAAAAAGCUGGCAAUCUUCACAGCACUUGCAUUCUCCCAGAAGCUCUCUGGUCUUCCACCAGAGACCGUGUUCCAACCACUUCUUAAGGAUAACCUUGUGGCCAAAGGGCUAGUUCUGUCAUUCAUAACCGACUUCUUUAAGGAGUAUCUGAUUGACAACAGCCUUGAUGAUCUUAUUUCAAUUCUGAAAAGAGGAAAAGUAGAGGAUAACCUCUUGGAGUUUUUCCCUCCUACAAAAAGAUCCAACGAGUCUUUCUCUGAGCAUUUCAGCAAGGAAGGACUAGUGGCAUUGGUUGAGUACAAUGAGAAGAAAAUAUUUGAGGUGAAACUUAAGGAAAUGAAGUCUGCUUUGACAACUCAGAUAACGGAGGAGGUUGAUAUAUCUGAAGUAAUUGAGAAUGUGAAGGUGCGGGUCCGAGAUGCUAAAUUGCCAGAUAUUGAGGUUGUCCGGGUCUUGUGGGAUGUUUUGAUGGAUGCUGUCCAGUGGUCGGGUAAAAAUCAGCAACAGAAUGCAAAUUCAGCCCUACGCCAGGUAAAAACCUGGGCAGAACUGUUGAACACAUUCUGCACCACUGGGAAGCUGGAGCUAGAACUGAUGUACAAGGUACAGAUGCAAUGCUACGAAGAUGCAAAACUGAUGAAGCUGUUCCCGGAGAUUAUUAGAUCGCUCUACGAGCAGGAUGUGCUGGCUGAAGACACCAUCCUUCAUUGGUUCCGCAAAGGAACAAACACGAAGGGCAGGCAAACCUUUGUGAAAGCAUUGGAACCCUUUGUGAAUUGGCUGGAGGAGGCAGAAGAGGAGGAAUAAGUGUGAUAGCAUUUACAUUACACCAAGCCCUGUGGAUGGCUCUUGUACCUUGUUAUUGUUAUGAGAUAUUAUUGGCUCCUUAGUUUGAUCUGCUUGGAAUGGCACUUAUGAUCCUAUAUUUCACUUUGUAUUUGACUUUAUUGUGAGUGAGUGUUAAAUAAUGGGAUGGAUUCCUUGUGAGUUGUGACC